AUGGCUGCCUCGAUCAAUUGCCCAUCAUACAAGAAAUACGAGACCAGAAACCGAAAACCAGACCCCAAAACAUCUCUUCUUUUAGUCAUCGAUGUCCAAAACUACUUCUCCUCCAUGGUCCAACCCAUCCUCCCUCGCCUUCUCACUACCAUAGACCUCUGCAGACGAUCCUCCAUCCCCGUUCUCUUCACGCGCCACCGGCACAAGUCUCCCUCCGAUCAUGGCAUGCUUGCUGAGUGGUGGGACAACGACCUUAUUAUUGAUGGCACCGUGGAGUCAGAGCUGAUGCCCGAGAUUCGACGUCUUGUGGGGCAAAACGAGGUGGUGGAGAAAAACACUUAUAGCGCGUUUGAGAACACGGGCCUUAAGGAGCGGCUGGUGGAGAUGGGUGUGAAGGAGGUUAUUGUGGCGGGUGUUAUGACUAACUUGUGCUGUGAAACGACGGCGCGUGCGGCGUUUGUGAGUGGGUUUAGAGUGUUUUUUUCCACGGAUGCGACUGCCACGUCGGAUUUGGAGCUGCAUGAGGCCACAUUGAAGAACUUGGCUUAUGGGUUUGCUUAUUUGGUUGACUGCGAGAGGCUUCAAGAUGGGCUCUUUGGGAAGUAA